AUGAGAAUCCGCCACAGCUCCGUCGCUGCGGCCGCCCUUGUCGCGAGAGGCCUGGUCUGGGCUGCGCCUACGGAGAAAAGGGGAAUCCUCGAUCCUCUAUUCGAAGUAUCGACGCUCGGAGGGAUGACUUUCAAGAUUAACCAGGUCCCCAAUCAGAAGUUCUACGGCGCGCGAAAGGGCCGGGGAGCAAUGGCCAUGGCAAAAGCGUAUUCCAAAUACGGCGCUGCUAUACCCGACGACCUGCUAUCCUACCUUCAGCAGUUAUUGGAAGAAUUGGGUCUUCUGGAGCAGCCUGGUGCUGGGAAUCAGACCUCGGCGAGUCCACAGGGUGAGGUCGCUGCUACGCCUCAGAUGUUCGACUCGGAAUACUUGUGCCCUGUACAAAUCGGCACGCCCCCACAAACCCUGAAUCUCGAUUUCGACACGGGCUCCUCCGAUCUCUGGGUCUUCAGCACCGAGACGCCACAAAGCCAGAUCGGCGGUCAGACUGUCUACAACAUACCCCAGAGCUCAACUGCAAGGCUGCAAACGGGGGAAUCCUGGGGCAUUAGUUAUGGCGAUGGGAGUAGCUCCGGUGGCAACGUGUAUCUCGACACCGUCUCGAUUGGGGGGAUCACCGUGGAGAACCAGGCCGUCGAGUCCGCUACUAACGUCUCACUGGCCUUCACACAACGUCCCGACACGGAUGGCCUUGUCGGCCUCGCCUUCAGCACGCUGAACACGGUGAGGCCGAACCAGCAACCCACUUUCUUCGACAACGCGAUGCGCGAUCUCGCCGCGCCAUUGUUCACGGCGAACCUGAGGGCGUCUGAACCUGGGAACUACAAUUUCGGCUUCAUAGAUACCACGGAGUUCACGGGCCAGAUCACUUAUAUCCCGGUGAAUACAAGCCAAGGGUUCUGGGAAUUCACAUCGCAGGGGUACAAGAUCGGUGACUCGAACGUCAUGAACGCGCAGACGCACCAGGCCAUCGCGGACACGGGGACGACCCUCAUGCUCGUGCCGGACGCCAUCGCAGCGUCGUACUACGCCGCGAUCCCGGGGGCCGUCAACGCCGCGCAGACGGCCGGCGGCUACGUGUUCCCGUGCUCGGCGGCGGCGACCCUGCCGAGCUACACCGCCGUCAUCGGGGACUAUCUCGCCGUGAUCCCGGGGGAGUUCAUCAACUUCGCCCCCGUCGACGGGAACACCUUCGCCGACGCGACCACGUGCUUUGGCGGGAUACAGGCCGUCCCGCCCGGUUUCCCCUUCGCGAUUUACGGCGACGUGUUCCUGAAGUCGCAGUUUGUUGUUUUUCACGGUGGUCAGACGCAGCUUGGUUUAGCGCCGAAGCCGCUUUGA